AUGAAACCUUUUACCUCUCCAGGCCGAUUGAAGUAUGAACAUUCACCCUCGAGAACGACAGGGUAUAUGCUUUAUACCUCGAACAUGACUAAGAAAGUGAGAAGCAUAGGGGUACUCAACCCAGCACCAGACUGCGCAGGAGCGAAUUGUCUGCUCUCCGCUGCAUUCGUAAAGAGAUUUUGGGACACAUUUGCACAAACACAAACAGAAAAACUAACGCGAAGUUCAAAACUUCUCAAAAGACCUCGAGAAUUCCGCUUCCUACUUAAGCAGUGUCUUAAACGCUGGGAAUUCCUACGCAAGGCUGUCCGCAAACUCCUUGUUUACGACGUGCCAGCUGGUUCGAAGAUGCUCGAGGGUGACAUCGACCAGCGCAGUGCCUCGGGCGGGGUCAUCCUCCUCAUCACCUCGGGCUCGCCCAUACCCCUCGUGCCCUUCGACGUCGAGCAGCUGGGCACGGUGGUGACACAGAGGGGCGCCAGGGUCGUGCCCAUCAUCUACCCUGUGACGGACCGGAACCCGCAGCCUUCGCCCGGGGUGGAGGUGCUCGCCCACCUGUCGGGAACCCAGUCCUUCGCUGUACUCGACGAAGGAAUCGGAAGUGACAGCAAAGUCUCCAUGAUGGUGGCUCUUAUGGAUGCUCUCUAUGCGGCCAUUAGGCUCUUUAUUCUGGACUCGGACUCCCUGCCCCUCGUCGUUCACAAGAAGGAAUUCCCGGGCGGGAUUGGCAGCAUUUCGCAAGGGUCAUUUACCGUCGACAAAAGCCUCGGAGGAGAGGUCAAGUUCACCCUCAUCUACUACGACCUAGGUCACGUGGGCAACAUGAUUAACCUCAUUGACCCUCAUGGCAUGGGCAAGGAGACGCUGAAUCUGCAGGAAGAGGAUGGAGAUGUCAACAUGAUCUUUGUCACGAUUACCAAUGCUAUGGCGGGCGAGUGGCACUACCGCAUCGAGAACAGAGCCGACAGCCACCAGAGCCUCUUCACCCGCGUCCUGGCCACGCCUCGCGCCCCCAACUCCACUUCGAGCUCCUCGAUGGGACACGGCGAUAGGAACAACCACGCGGUCACACUCACGGCUUGGACCUCCAGCACAGCCACGGUCGUCAACAUUUCGGAUGUUAGCAAGCCGGUGAUUGUUUAUGCGAAGCUGUGGUGUGGGAGCGCCCCUGUGGUCGGCGCUCUCGUCGAGGCCUCCCUUCAGCGCCUUGGGGUCAACGGGACAGGCAAUCGCUACGGACCCAUCACCUUCAGGCUUCUCGACAAUGGAAAUCCAGACGCCGACCUGACCCGUAGCGAUGGCAUCUAUUCCCGCUACUUGCCAGCCAUUCCCGCUGAUUCCGGCCGCUACGCUCUCUCCGUCACCGCCACAGACAACUCGGGCACAGCGCAGGUCAUUACGUCCUCAAGGCCCCCGCCUUCAUCUCGUCCACGUGUUUACUCUCGGAAUCACGUGCCGUAUUCGGGACAGAUUACUGCUGUCGGGACGCAGUACACGCGGGCGAGGACGUAUAAUCCAGACUGGCAGAGAUGCUGCGGUUCGAUCGUGCCCUACACCACCGCCCGCGAGACAGGACACCUCUCCCGCACCGUCACCGUAGGCCUUGUGGACAUCGUGGGCGGCGGCAGGAACCUGUCUCACGUCCCGCCCUCGCGUAUCUCCGACUUCCGGGCGGAGAUCAACCCGGCGUCGCAGCAGAUCACCUUCACCUGGACUUCACCUGGAGAGUGGAGGGAUUAUGGAACAGUGAUGCAGUACGAGGUGGUGUUCUCCCGCGACGCCGCCGCCACCGGCCGAGGCGUCGGCGAGUUCGCGCGCGAGUGGCCGGCGCCGGAGCCCGCGGGCGAGGUGUCGCGCCACAUCGCGCGCUGGGGGCGCCACGACGGCGUGUACUACGCGGCCAUCCGCGGGGAGAGCCGCAUGGGCGCGAAGGGGCCCUGGUCCAACACGGCCGAGUUCUUCAUGCCGCACCCGCCCACCACCACGGAGAUCAACACGCGCGGCUCCACCCAGGGCGGGCCCAUGGGCGGCAGUGUGUCCGAGCUGGGCGUCACCACGCCCCAGCCCGGCACUCUGUCCACCCGCGACAUCCUGGCCAUCGUGGGGGCCGGCUGCGGCCUGCUGGUGGUGGUGCUGAUCUUGGCCGUCUACUACCUGCUGGUGGUGACGCGGCGACGGCGGCACCACCAGGAGAAGAAGGCGGUGGAGGUGCUGGAGCCCGUGACCACCACGCCCGCUGGAUGCGACACCGACAGCGAGACCGACUCCAUCAGCAACGCUGAGCCCCAUCCAGUCGUGGCCGGCGUCCACGCUGCUGGCGGAGCACGAGCGGCGCCACGCGGCUGAGCCGGCGGACGGCGACGCGGCCGAGCUGGCGCUGCACCGCCCCGACCUGGGCGUGCCCUACAUGCCCACCAUGCAGCCCGCCCACCCGCACCCCUUCUACUACCACACCCCCAACGGCCACUACAUCGAAGACAGCCUGGCCAUGGACAGCGGCUCCGUGGUGUCCACGCAGCCCUCCGACUCGCUCCUCGUCUACAAGGUCGACUCGUGUCCUGGGAGAGCGGCCGGCGCCAGGGGCCAAUGAAGGUGCCGCCGCCCACGCCUCCCAAGCCCACGCUGGCCGCCCACCUCACCCUGGGCGGGGUGGCGGCCACGCCCCUCGGCACGGAGAGGAAAAGGCGGAACGUCACGCAGGUGUGAGGCCGCCCGGGCGACGUGGGCGGUCGCCACUGCGGGCGGCCGCCGAUUCGGGCGGCGGCAGGUGCGGGCGGCGCCGGGCUUUAGGGAUCUCCGGCAAGCUGGCACUCAGCGCGAAUUGUCACUGUUGCAAGUGCCAAUUUCUGCGUGUGUUCACGACGACCCGACGCUGACGCAGAGGCCCAGAGGCGCCAAUGGACACGCUGACGUGGCUGCUGUGCGAGUGGUCCUUUUCGCCCACCAAGAUGGUGAUCGCUUUCGCGGGCGGCCGGAGCGUAGACGGCCGCAGAGCACAGUGCUCGCGCUCAUUUUCCACAAACGCGGACAAAAACCACGCCGCCCUUCUCGAACUUUCUCGCCGUUAUGAGUCAGUGUGUGAGUGGCCCUGAGCGAGGCGAAGUGAGGACGUGAGGCGCGAGAUAUGAGGGCGUAAGACUCUCAUAAGACUCCCCCGAGGACCCUCCGUCUGGGCCAGGACUCGCGUGACCUUUUCCGACCUGUUCCCCAAGGGCCUCGGACCUAACCCGAGUAUAAUACAUCGUGCUCAAUACUAUGAAAGAUGAUGAAGAAAUAAUAAUAAAAAAAAGUUGAUAAGCCUCAGAAAAAAUGUAAAUCUCCAAGUUACGAGAGAGAGAAAAAAGCUCAAUUGGUUUGAGUCAAGUGUUAAGAAUGCGAAGGGAUUAAAUUCGUGAGAUAGAAAGAAAUCUUUGUGUCCAGUGAGUAUCGGUUCACCUCCCAAGCAGCCUAAGUUUCCAUAUCACUAGAGUAGCAAGCACAGAUCAAGCACCAGGUCACUAAAACGAUUAUGAUUUGGCUAAGUGUCCCUGUAAACUUCCAUUUAUAGUUUUUCGGUUGUUGUUGUUGUUUGGACUCUCCGUUCUACUGUAUAGGAUAAACUAGCAUAUUGUUGUGUCUUAUAUUUGUUUUACAAAAAAAGCAGUUCCAUUAUUGUCUCUUUAACUUUGGAAACAACCAUUUUGCCGGCCACAAAUUUC